CUUUCACUCCGGUCUUGCACAAGAUAAACAGCAGUCCUCUACAAAUAACACUUUGUUGAACAUGUCUCGGCAAUACUAUAAAAUUCGGUCUACAAAUCACAUCAAGGGCGGCGAGGUAACUCCCCUGCUCACACCACCUUCAUCCUUAGCUGGCGGCAACCUAGCUGGCGGCAACUUAGCUGGCGGGGAGAAGCCAACACCACACAAAUCCCGGGUUAUCAUCGCCAUAUGCAUUUUCCUUAUCGUCAUCAUUGAGCUGGGCGCUCACCUCAUUGCUAUACCGCUGAAUCAGGUGCUUGAGGCAAUUAUCUGCCACAACCUUGAGCCGCAGAUGUCACCUAGUGCUGCCGAUGACUUACGGUGCAAAGAAGAGUUUGUUCAGUCCGAGCUCUCCAUCAUUAGAGGCUGGCAGAGAACGCUGGAAUUUAUCCCUGGUCUGUUGACUGCUGUUCCGUACGGAUACUUCGCCGACAGGCGGGGACGCGGGAUAGUUCUCACGUUAUCUCUCCUGGGAAUUACUUUGUCUCAAGCUUUCCAGAUUCUGAUCUGCACUUUACCAACCGUGUGUUCUAUCCGUAUGACGUGGCUCUCUGCCCUCUUUACGUUUAUCGGCGGUGGACCCGCCGUCUUUACUGCUCUAGUAUACGCUAUUGCAGGUGAAUGUGUGAACUCAGAACAUAGAUCGACCGUAUUCUCAUACCUCUCUGCCGCUGCGGUUGGAGGUGAAUUGAUAGCUAGCCCUCUAGUGUAUUUAUCAAUGAGGAUCAACGUUUGGCUCUCCAUCUACAUUGGCCUAGGCUGCCUAGUCCUCGCCACAGUUGUAGCCUUUACAUUCACCAAGACAAGCGAGCUGAGGGCAGAGACGAUUAUCAAGUCGCAUCCAUGUCAUUACACAACCCGGUCAAAACGAACAAACCUACGCCAGGCUGUAUCGUGGGUGUUAUGGAAGGAUCGGAGUAUACUACUGCUCAUGUUUACCUUCUUAUUGACAACCCUCGGUCACUUUCAACAUGAGAUUCUGUUACAGUAUGUAACAAAACGAUACAAUUGGUCGUGGUCCGAGGCUAGUCUACUACUUUCUAUUCGAGCUUUUCUUAAUCUAGUACUCCUAAUCAUUCUUAUUCCGUCAGCGACCUACUUUUUAGUAUACAAAUGGCCAAUGUCUGUCCAGUAUACGAAGCUGUUUCUGGCACGAGCAAGUGCUGUCUUACUUACUGUUGGUGGUUUCGUUAUUGGGCUUGCAUAUACACCCAUCUUUCUGAUGAUGGGCCUAGGUAUCUUUACAUUAGGUUCUGGCUACCGCCUUCUCAUCCGCAGCUUUCUAGCAUCUAUUUUUGAGGAGGAUGUUGCUAUGCUGUACACAUUGAUGAGCAUGUUCGAUACGAUAGGAACUUUGAUCGCUGGGCCUUUUCUUUCGGCCUUGUUCCGUACGGGUAUGGACUGGGGUAAUGCUUGGCUUGGCAUGCCAUAUAUUGUAAUUGGGUGCUUGCUGUCAGUGGUGACCGCUACUGUGUUUUCCGCGCGUUGGUCAAACCUGCAGCAAAUAAGAAAUAGCAGUGAAAUCGACCAGCAGUCAGACUGCUAGAUCAUUGUAUAUGAUGACUUUAUAUAACGUAUAUACAUAGUAACUCACGUAUUCUAGUAAGUUAGCCCCUUCUACCUAC